AUGCUAGUCCAACUUUUCUUCGACGACUUCAUUUGUGAAUUAACACAUCUCGCCUUUCUCUGUUCGGCAUUCCCUUGGUUUUUGGGCAGAUGUGGUUUUUAUUUCGCUUGGAAAAAAUUUGUUUGUUUGCUUAGUUCCUUUUGGCGUGUGGUGACUGGUCUUCGACCAAGACAUCGUACUCCGCCAAUGGCAAUUGGCGAAUUGUACUUCUGCACCGGUGAGGGUUUUUACCCCGUCAGCAUGAGGGAUCGAGUCGCUGUUUCGCCCUUGCCUGCCGUUUCUUUCCGUUCUUUUGUUGGUGCUUCUGCUUCCGCUCCUGCUUGUUUUGCCCCGGCUGUCUCGUCGCCUGUCCGUGAGGUUCCACGCCUUACAUUUUCGUUUGCUUCUCCCUCUCCCACAAUUAUAAAAGCUAAACGUAAGUGUUACUUUAUGGACUGUGCUUCUGCUCUUGGCUUGCCUUCUGUUGAUUGUGGUCUGGUGCCUUCUUUGCCUCCCCUUCCCCAAUACGACCCUUCCAUGCCUGCCUUUGCCUAUGUCGGCUUAGUGAUCAGUCGAGCAUGGCUGGUUGAGAACGUGACUUGUGUUCGCUCGGAGCCUUUGCUUGCUGCUUCCGUUGUUUCUUCUUUGCCUCUUGGUGGGCUGUGCUCUGUUGGUUCUUGCUCCGGGGCUUCGUCCUCGGUUGGCGACAUGGUGUCUUCUCCUGUGUCUGCUCCUGUAGCUUCGUCUUUGGAGUCUUUAACUUCUUCGACCUCUGUGGAGGUAAUGGGACGUUCGGCUUCCUCUUCCUUUGUCUCCGGUGUUUCUGGGUCGUCUCCUGUUGUUGCCGUGGAGCUCUCUGCUCCUUUCGUGGAGACUUCGCUUGGUUCGGCUGCUCUGUCUGAGCCUUCGGCCCAUAAUGUCGCUGAGAUUGUUUGUCCUGUUGUUGUGGCUGGCACUGUUGCUGUCACUACAGCCACAGCUGUACCGCGGCCUGUGGCCAUCCCUCGACCGUUUUCUUUGCGUCGUCGUUCUGGUGCUGGUCGUUCUGCUGGCGCUGUUGUUGCGAUCUCUCCUGCUGCCGUUUCGUUUUCUGGUGCUCGUCUUUCUCCUUCGGAGAAUGUAAUCUCUGGAUUCAAGAGAAAUAUGCCUCCUCCCCCACCACCAACCUCUCGUCGUCGUCGGCUUUCCUGUUGUCCUCCUCCGGACAAGGUGUCUGUUGCUGUUUCUUCCGUCCCUGUGGUUUCUUCCGUCCCUGUCGUUUCUUCCGUCCCUGUCGUUUCUUCCGUCCCUGUCGUUUCUUCCGUCCCUGUGGUUUCCUCCGUCUCUUCUGUUCCUGCGGUCGGUGUCGUUGAGGCUUCCUCAAUCUCUGUUUCCCCUGCGCGUCCCAUUGCCAUGCCGUGCGUGGGCCAUUACGAAAAAGCCAGGGAGAAACAGAGUUUGAGGGACCUCUUCGACGCUGCCGAAAAGGAAGAAGAAGAGGAGUUGAAGAAGGAGCAAGAAAAGAAGGAAAAAAAAUCUCUCUUCCACCGAAGAAAAUAA